AUGCUUUACAGCAUCACCAGAAAUUAUUUGCCAGGCCACCAGAACCUUGUCUCAGUUAACCGGGAUUCACUAUUUGAAGCUGCGAUCACCCUGGACUGCAUCUAUGCCUCGAUGGCCCUUGCCGCUGUCGGCGAAUCGUGGGUCCGCAGGGCGGACGUCAACGUCGGCUCCGUCAACAGCACUGAGAAGCCCGGAAGUCCCGGAAACCGGCUCCGGUUACUAAAUGAUCUCCCACCUUAUCAGUGGAGCCACGUUCAGUCCGAGGAACGGUCAUCUACCCUGCGGCUAGCUGAAUUGCCAAUGCGGUUGGGGCGGCGCGGCUGCUGGCCACGAUCGACGCGCGCGUUCUAG